AGCCGUCAUCGCAUGUGUUUUCAUCGGCUUGUCCGCAUACUUUCGGCCAACACCAUUGCGUAUUUUUUGUCUUAUCAACAAUAUCAUGACCAUAGCUCAAGCGUCUUGUACGCUAUCCUUCUGCUACGGAAUGGCCAACAUCAAAUCCAUCGUCAUUCUUUUCUUCACCUGCCGACUGGGAUAUGUCACAUUAACAGCUUAUGAGCUUUUGAAGAUCGGAAACCGUAUCCAGAAGAACAGAUCCUCAGUGACGCGAGCAACCUUAUUUUGGGCAUUGUCGCCUGUUGUGGUACUGUAUGUUAUAGCUGAUGUUGCAGGCAUCAUAGUGUCUGGCAUUAGUUCAACUGGCAUCCCGCCUUUCUGGUUAUACGUUGUUUCAUCAUGCCUUGGCCUGGUUCUUGCUGGAGGCUGCAAUCUGUUUGCAUGGGCUCCGAUUGUUAAACAUUCUUACACGGAUCCAGUAACCAAACCUGUAGCUUCUGCUGUGAUUUGGUACUUUGUCACUCUUCAUCUCAUUGUUCCUGGUUUGAUAGGACAGUACAUUGCUGUCUUCGCCUUAGGAAAUGUCUGGUAUCAUGUCACAUGGAUUGUAGUGGAAGGCUGCUUGAGAAUAUUUUGCCAGAUUAUAUUUGGUGUUAUUCCUCCAAGGUUCAUUUUGGACCCUAUGGUAGACUUCAUGAAACCUAAGCUUCAGUUACAAGUUACGACCGAUGAUCGACCGAAUGGAUCGUCUGCGAAUUCAAGGUCAACCAACCCACACUUCUUAGGACACUCUCCACUCAGCACGCCGGGCGUUUACAAUUCCACCAUAGCACUGGCUGAUGUUGAUUAUGAUAAAGCUAGCUCUAUUUAUCAGCCAUCUAGAGAAGCACAGGCCACUUAUUGAAUGUAGAAUGGUUGAUGCUGCAUACACAUAUUCCCGAAAAUUGCAUUUGUCCCACUUCUUCUUUUUUUUUUUCAUAUUAACGCAGCAGCACCAUUUGCUUAGUUAAUGGUUUCUAAUGUAAUUUUAUCAUUCAUCUCGUUUGUAAUACAGGUGCUGCACAAAGUAGAUAAAUUAUAGUUCACCUGAAGCAUCUCGAAUUGAUAAACUUUAAGUAAAACAAUAAUUAACCGGCCAUUUAAUCAAUAGCAAAG